AUGGCGGCCUCCGAGGUUGCAUCCUCAUCUGCAGCAACAGCUUCGACACACAACGCAUACAUAGCCUCGCUCGUGCCACCGACCAAGGAACAGUUUUAUGAGAUUUCUCAGAUACAGGCAGAAAAGGAAGUGGAAAAUCGCAGGAAAAUGAAAGAGCACAAGAGCCUCUCUACCGACCCGGCACUGCCGUCGGACGACCAAGGCCAAGAUGCAGCAGCCAGGAUGAUCCAAAAGACGUUUCGAGGCUACCGUGCACGCCGAGAAAUGGACGGCUACAGCAUCAACCCUACCACGCGCUGGGUUGCCGCUGUGCGCGACGCUCAGUUUCGCGAGACGCAUCGCCCUCGCCCACGUCCUCUCUCACAAGCCGCGACCGUCACUGGAGAAACACAACCGCCAUCUGCAGGCGCUCGCCAGAACUGGAGAAAGGUGGGGAUGACGGCCCUUCGCGCUGGUCGCGAUGCUUCAGACAGCGAAUCUGACCCGGAGGCCGAAAGCGUGGAGGAGACCAGCCCAGAAGACAAGGCGGCCCGAAGACAACAGCGCCAGGUUGAGAAUGCGAAGCGCCGGGCGGAAGCUCGCACAAUGGGGCUUCAGUACUUUCUGGAAAUGAUUGAUGUGAAGCAUCGCUACGGAAGCAAUUUGCGAGUAUAUCACGAGGAGUGGAAGAGGUCGGACGCCCAGGAAAACUUCUUGUACUGGCUCGACUAUGGUGCCGGUCGCAACGUUGAGCUGGACGCCUGCCCUCGAGAGCAGUUGGAGCGAGAACAAGUGCGCUACUUGUCACGAGAAGAGAGACAGUACUACCUGGUCAAGGUUGAUGCCGAGGGGAGACUGUGCUGGGCCAAGAACGGUGCGAGGAUCGACACAACGGAGCAAUUCAGGGAUAGCAUCCACGGUAUUGUUCCGGCCGACGAUACCACACCGGCGUUUAGGCCUCCUGCCAAUCCCCUGGCAGACGACUCUGAUUCCGACUCUGACUCGUCGGCCGAGUCGAGGCGAGAAGCCGAUCGUGCCGCCAAAUAUGCCACUCCAGAGUUUGACAAUGCGUCUGGCGUCAAAAAGAUUCACCACCUCUCAACAUCGACCAUCAUCAACAAGCUGCUGCGCAAGUCUGUCCGCCCAAAUUGCUGGAUAUUUGUCGCCGAUACCAACUUUCGCCUGUACGUCGGCAUCAAAGACUCCGGCGCCUUUCAGCACUCGUCCUUUCUGCAAGGCGGCCGCAUCUCCGCCGCGGGGCUCAUCAAGAUUAAGAAUGGGCGGCUGCAGUCGCUGUCUCCUCUCAGUGGACACUACCGUCCACCGUCGUCCAACUUUCGCGCUUUUCUGCAGAGCUUAAAGGUGGAGGGUGUUGAUAUGGGUCAUUUGACGAUUUCCAAGUCGUAUGCUGUCCUCCUUGGACUGGAGACGUACAUCAAGACGACGAAGAAGAGCAAGAGCUUUGUGGAAAAGCUACUGCGGACAAAGGACAAGACAGCAGAUAGCAAGCCGGCGCAAAAAGCGAUGGCGAAGCUUAGUAUCAAAUAA